AUGCGCCGUCUUUCUCCCCGUGUCAAUGUCAUCCCCGUCAUUGGCAAAGCAGAUACCUUGACCCCUAGUGAGCUCAAGACUUUCAAGAAGCGCAUCAUGGAAGACAUUGAACACUACGAUAUCCCCAUCUACAACUUCCCCUACGAUGUUGAGGAAGAUGAUGAGGAGACGAUCAUGGAUAACAGCGAAUUGAGGGCAUUGCUCCCAUUCGCCAUCAUUGGUUCUGAGGAGGAAGUCGAGGUUGAUGGCGAGCUCAUCCGUGCUCGUGUCUACCCAUGGGGCUUGGCAGAGGUCGACAACCCCAAGCACUCUGACUUCAGCAGACUCCGCUCUGCACUCUUGAACUCGCACCUCACCGAUCUCAAGUCGCUGACCCACGACGUCUUGUACGAAACUUAUCAUCCUAAUUCCGAUCUUAGCGACUCCUCCAUCUUGCCCGAGGAUCUCGCUACCCAGAGUGUCCGCCUUAAGGAAGAGCAACUCCGUCGUGAGGAAGAGAAGUUGCGCGAAAUUGAACUCAAGGUUCAACGAGAGAUCAACGAGAAGAGGCAAGAGCUUCUGGCGAAGGAGGAAUCUCUCAGCUCUGAUCAUUCCCUAGCUCUUGACCCCUCGGUUAUUUGCACGGCGUGCACGGACAAUGGCCAGAACCCUCCGGUUGACGGUCAAUCCGCCUCCCUCACGUCGUCCAACAACUUCCUCAACUUCUGUGCCGGAAAGACCCUCACGAACGGCCAGCAAAUCACUGGCGGAAGUUGUAACGGAGUUGUUAUGGGAGAGAUCAUUCCGCAAAACAAUAUGCCAGCCGCAAAGAUUACGUUCCCCACCAACGGCGGUACAUUCCCCGCGGACCAAUCCUUCCAGUUCAAGAUGUCCAUCCAGAACAUGAUUACUGGUAAUUUCGUCAAUGCCCAGACCAACUAUUACGGUGCCCCACAAUUCCUGCAAGGCAAUACCGUUGUUGGACAUUCCCACGUUACGGUUCAGCUGUUGCCUGAUAUCAAGUCCACCGAGCCACUAGACCCUACCACCUUUGCGUUCUUCAAGGGCAUCAAUACCCGUGACCAAGGUGGUGUUCUUACCGUCGAUGUUACGAACGGACUUCCCGCUGGCGCAUAUCGUUUCUGCACCGUACGUUCACGUAUCAAGUACAAGUUUCUUCGCUAA